CGCCGGGGCCGGCCGGGAGCUGCGGGCACCCCCAAGUGCGGGGUGCUGGAGGGCGCAUGGAGCCGGAGGGGGAGCGGGGCGGGGAGCCCCAGACGGACCGCCGGCCCGGAACGCUCCCACGGGGCCAGGAGAGACCGAGCCCCGGAGAGGAGCGGGAGGGCCCCGUGGAGGGCAGAGAGACGCGGCUGAGGGUGGUGCUAAGGGUCCGACCACUGACCUGUAAGGAGACGCGGCGAGGUGACCGGCGGGUUGUGCAUAGCCUCGGUGACGGUGCGGUCCACGUGAGCGCGGCCAGGCACGAUGCCACCUUUGGGUUCAGCGCCGUGUUCGACGCCAGCGCCUCACAGGAGGCUGUGUUCGAAGGCAGCGGGAUGAGGCAGCUGGUGGAGCUGGCGAUAGAUGGAUUCUCCUGCACCGUCUUUGCCUUCGGGCAGACAGGUUCGGGGAAGACCUACACCCUGAUGGGACCCCUCACUCAGAGUGAGACCCAGCCGGCGUCCCCGGCCCUGCUGGGGCUGAUGCAGAGGUCCUUCGCCUGCCUCCUGGAGCAGAGCCGGAGCCGUGGCUCAGACCUGGCUCUCAGUGCUUCCUACCUCGAGAUCUACAACGAGCAGGUCCGGGACCUGCUGAGCCCGGGGCCGCCGUGCGCUCUGCCCCUGCGGUGGAGCAAAACCCGCGGCUUCUACGUGGAGAACCAGCUCAGUGUGGACUUCGAGAGCCUGGAGGCCAUUGUGAGCCUGCUCCUGCAAGGAUCCCAGAGGCGACGAACCUCAGCGCAUGCCCUCAACAGGCACUCCAGCCGCAGCCAUGCUCUUCUGACCAUCCACAUCCGCAGCCGGGCUCCCAGCACCUGCCCCAGCAAGCAGGGCACACUCUGCUUCGUGGACCUGGCUGGCAGCGAGCGGGUGAAGGAGACCGGCUCCAGCGGGGAGCUCUCCGUGGAGGCCAACAGCAUCAACCGCAGCCUCCUGGCACUGGGACAUUGCAUCUCUCUGUUGGCCAAACCCCGAGGGAAGUGGACACACAUCCCAUACCGGGACAGCAAGCUCACCCGGCUGCUGGCCCGCUCCCUGGGCGGCUCAGGCAUCACCCUGAUGGUCGCCUGCAUCUCUCCAUCCUCACGCUGCCUCUCAGAGACACUGAGUACAUUGCACUAUGCCAGCCGGGCUGGGAGGGUCACCACCAGACCCCUGGCCAACAGGGUGUCCCGGGAGAAGCUGCUGCAAAACUUGGAGGAAGAAAUCCAUGCCCUAAAGCUGGAAAACCUCUCCCUGCGCCAGCAGCUGUGCCUGCCCAGGGUGCCAGUGAGGAGCACAGAGGUCCCAGGGAACCCUCCAAAAUCUUGCCUGAGCUGGGGAGGCAGGUACGGCCCCGCAGGGCUGCAUCACCUCCCUCUUGAAAGGCAGCUCCCUUCGGAGGGAACACCAGCCUGGCCCAGCCUUUAUGGUCUCCUGCGGGAUUUCGUGGUGGAGAAUGAGCACAUGAGGCAGCCCUGGUUGUCCCCAGACCCCAGUGGUGACAUCCCAGAUGGCCCUUCCCACAGAGCCACCCGCAGCUCCUGUGACAGCCAGCCCUUGCUCCGGAGUGCCCACGCCCCCCAAAUCCCCCCUGGUCACUCCACAAGGCUCCGACAGCCCAACACAACAUCUGCCUCCAUCCCCCGGCUGCCGAAGCUGCCUCCUGCCUCCGGCCGCUCCAGCUGCCCAGGGUGCCCACAGUGCUGUCCCGGGCCAGCUGAUGCCACCGUGUCCCAGGUACUGCCAGUGCCCCCCGUGCUGCAGCCAGCUCCCCCCGAGGGAAGUGCUGGUGUUCUGCCCCUCAGACAGGAGGACACAGCUCUGCCUGGCUCCCAUCAGCUCCACAGGCACCCCCAGCCACACCAGGGAAAGCGGGUUUGUUCAUGUCCUCAUGGCAGGAGCCAGGGCAGAAGCAGGAGCUUGUCUCAGCAGCACCCACUCCCUCGGGAGCUCCCAGGCCCAGAGCGCGGUCCCAGCCCUGAGGGAAGGGUCAUCCCUUCGGCACCACCAUGGCCAGGAUUGCCAGAGACCAGAGCUGCCGGCACUGUCCCUCUCCUCCAGUGGGAAGAGGCACUGGACUGGCUGGCAGAGCAGAUCUGAGCAGCCACAGUCACACCGUGGAUGGGGCCAGCAGCAGGGAUCUGGCACGGACUGGGGGACAACCACAGCUCUCGGGGACACAGGGAUCUGGGA